UCUCCCUAAUCCCUUCUCGUUCCAGAUCAUCAAUUAUGAUAAAUAGCCUAUGCACAGAUUGUUUUCUAGAUUGUUGCAUGGUUAUGUGAUUUCAGCAUGUUAUAUGGAUCACCAGUUUCAUUGGUCUCAGUUGCCUAACAGUGCACAAAUGAGCAGUGAUUGGUAAUUGGCAAUAGUAAUUGUUCUUCCAACUGCAUUGAUGUCUUGUGCACUCGCUGCUUUGACUGUGAUGCUGGAGGACCGGUGAUCUCUUGUGCAAUGUAUUUCAGUGGUUCCCUGUUGAGCCAGAAUUGGAAAUCUGAGGUCGGGAGAAUAAGCAACCUUUGUGAUUGUUCUCAACUGUGCUGAAAAUUCACCUCUUUGCCACCUUUCACCUUUGCAACUGAUUGCUAUUUUUAUCUUGCUAAGUGUUUAGUCCAAGCAAAUGCAAGUGUUUAUUCUUGGUGCAUUGUCAGUUAAUCACAAGUUAUACAAGCUGUGAACUGGUGAACCCAGAACCUUACCCUUUCUUCAGCCGUGAGAACGGACAGGAUACCAAGAAGAGAAGAGUCCUUUGCUCAAGGACUGGCCGUGGAUCCUGGAAGUCUCUGGAACAUGCAAACUGUUUAAUUUGAUGCAGAGGUUGACUUGUAUACAUCUUGCCAUACCAGAGCAUGGCUUACAAAGUCAGAUUGGCAGAAUUUGACAGCAUUUUGCAGGCAGAGAAGAUUGAUCUAAGCAAGUUGCAGGAGCUCUGCUUUGCAGGUAUCCCAGAUGACGGAGGCAGACGAGCGCUGUGUUGGCGUCUGCUGCUGCAUUACUUGCCUCUGGACCGCUCCUGCUGGCUGCAAUAUCUUGCUGAUAAACGCAAGCAGUACCACUCCUUUGUGGAUGACAUAGUGGUUGGUGGGGGUAUGAACAGCAGCACAUCAUCUUCGAGUGAAGCUCUGCACAACAGCCGCCCUUCAGAUAUCGGUGAGCUGGAGACAUCAAGUGGCAGCAUCUCCCGGCACAACAAUAGCUUUGACACUCCCAGCAUCGGCACUGAUAUUAACACCAACAAAACACCUUCAUCUUUACCUGUGCACAAAAGGUCCUUCAGCAAUACCAGUUCCAUCACUAACAGCAGUAGCAGUAGCAACAGUCUUUGUAGUGAUCAUCCUCUCAACUUGAGCCCUGAUUCACAGUGGGUUAGUUUUUUCAAAGACAAUGAAGUAUUGGGGCAGAUUGACAAAGACGUUAAACGUCUGUGUCCUGACAUGUGUUUCUUCCAGCGCGUUACUCCACAUCCUCGUGCAGACACGCCGCGCUUAUGUACACGAGUCACUCAUACCCCUUUGCACUCAGCCCCUCUUCAUGACAAACUUUCCUCUUCAUACUCACGUCAGAGAGGAUCUGGUACUCGCAAAUCUCCAUCCCCGCCUCCAGAACCUCUUCCUCCAGGGACCGAAGCACACUGGGAGGUUUUAGAGCGAUUGCUCUUCAUCUAUGCAAAGCUCAACCCUGGGCAAGGAUAUGUGCAGGGCAUGAACGAAAUAAUAGGACCAUUGUAUUAUGUGCUAGCGACAGCACCGUCAGAUGCUGAGCAUGCAGAGGCCGACACUUUCUGGCUCUUCACAUCUCUUAUGGCCGAUGUUAGAGAUCUCUUCAUACGAACGUUGGACGAGAGUGAGAGCGGCAUUGGUCGCCUCAUGACAAGACUUAUGAGCUGCCUCAAGGACGAAGAUGCCGCCACAUCCUCCCAACUUACUUGUCAGGGAAUCAAAGAACAGUAUUUUGCCUUCCGAUGGCUCUCCCUCCUCUUCUCGCAAGAAUUCCCACUGCCUGAUGUCAUUCGCAUGUGGGACUCUGUACUCGCUAGUCCUGAUCGCCACAGGUGCCUUCUACUUCUUGCAACCGCCAUGAUUGUCCUUCAAAGAGAGAAACUCCUUUCUGGAGAUUUCGCCAGUAACGUCAAACUCUUGCAAAAUUAUCCUCCUUGUGAUGUUGGUGCUAUUAUCAGUAAGGCAGUUGAGCUCUCCGAUCGUCUCGUAACCUGACUUGACGUUGACAUUCUGGUGCAACCAAAGUUUUUUUCAUCUCUCUGUGAACUUAAUUCUGUAGUUGAGGCUGUAUAGUUGCAAUUAUAUCAAUAUAUGUAACCUCAAACUGGUAUGGUAUGCCGAAGCGCUCAAAACUCCUACUUAUAUUAAAUAUAGUGAGAGUCCAAGAGUUAUUACUGGAACUGGAAAGUAAUAGAUGUACAUCGUAUGAAUUGAGAAUUUGAUGCAGAAUUUGUGCCUCAUGUACUAGCUUUUCAAUUCAGCACACAAACUGGACGUAUCCCUGCACAUAACUCAUCAUGAUGUACAGUAGUAUUGUCUGUAAGAAAGCCUUCCCUAAGCCAUUUCUCAUUCAUGCCUGGCAUCAUGGUUACAUGCGCGUUAUGUGUAAGACAGCAUAACUGCUUACUCAUUUCUCAUCCAUGUGUUACUUGUGCUACCAUGGUUACAUUAUGUCUGAUGAAACUAUCAGCGCUCAGUGAAGCUUCUCUGUCACUACUCCUCAAACCUGGAUGGAGACUUCUUACUAUGACGCCAUAUUUAUCUUCAUAUACAGAAGCUCACAACGGCAAUUCGUGAUGUAAGUUUGCAGGUCAUGUGCUAUUUUGAUAUAUUUUUAUUCCUCAUUGUUUUGCGUUCUGAUUGACUUAAUGCGUGAGCAGAACCGUGAUCAGCGCGUUCCGUUUUAUUCGUAAUUUUCAUAUAAUUGAUAGGUUUAGGAUAGAUUUUUCCAAGACGAAAUUACUAACAAUCAAUGUUGAUGCUCAAUUUGUAAAAGUAUACCUAUAUAUAUGUUACUUAGUUUAUAGACUAUACUGUUUUUCAUAUGUUUUGUUUCCACUAAGACGAUGCAUUUGCCGUGAGACUAUUACUGCGAUUUGUAAGAGCUGCAGAUUCAGGUUUAUAUACGAAAUUGACGACUUAGAGCCCGAGAUGAAGCAUACAAAUUGUAAUCCGUCAGCCUUGAACUAUUCGUGGGUGCUCACUUCUUUCAUUGUUCUUCAGAUUAAGACUUUGUCAUUCAUAUUUGUUUGAGGAGUACGAUCAACAAUUUUUCGAACGUUGCUUGUUAGUGGCUCUGGAACAAUUAAGUGAAUGUGAAGUCUUUACUAUGUGCGUGCACUGUAUCUUUAUUAUGUUUGGUAACCUGACUUGUAUUGAUCAAUGAGCUGGAUAUCGAUAGUCUUCACUAUGUGACACUUAUUAAGUUAUUCUAGACUUUAUAAAUUUAUAUUCCAGACUCAUAUAUACGUAUCUAUUAUGCCCUUUUUUGUUGAUGCGCUUUUCACGCUUUUUUUCUGGAAAGAUUCAUAAACACUUACUGGUAUUUCAAAAGUAAAAAAAUUCUCUUAGUGGUUCUGGCAUUAUUUGAUUCAUCAACUGGCGCUAAGUAUUUUCAAAUUUGUAACAGAAUCGAGUAUUGAAGUUAACAAAUUUUAAUUAAAAUUCUUCGAAUAUUACAGCUAUAUACGCGCCUCUCAUAACUAAUUAUUAAUUUAAGUCUUUCAUUUUUUAAUUUAUGAGGAAAUUAAAUCGUGAAAAUUUUUUUCUGACUUGUCGGUAGUAGGCCUGUAACUGAUCGUCUGAAUUGCCCUUUAACCUACCGAUAUUGUUUGCGUUCUCGAUGAUCCCUGCAUUAUAGAUGGUCUCGACUUCACUAAAAAUACUUUUUUGGUGUGGUCGACCACUGUAGUCGCUUGCCAAAUAUUUGUGUCGCCAUUUAUUUUAGAUCUCAACGUGCGAUUUGUCUGCAUUUAGAUCUUUGUAGAAUCAUCAGCCAUAAAUCUCGACUUUAUAUUUGGCUUUAUUUAUUAUACUUUAGUGUUUCUCGCAUACUUGAUUGUAAUGUUAUCUUCGUUUGUUUCCAAUAUAUAUCAGUAUUCUAAUAUGACCAACGCUCAAAUUGAUUUAUUUCUCGUUGACGAUUAAUUCUAAUUGGGUUAGCAAUGCAAGUGUAUCUCAUAGCUAUGUUUUGAUAUAUUACUGCAGCAUUUAUGGCCGCUUUAUUCUUAAUGUUUCCUGACUAAUUAGGAGCUGUGGUUCCUAAACUGAAGAUCAAUUACUUUCUGGGGUAAUUGAUGAAUCCCUCUGGGGAAAUUCAUAAAUUAUUCUAUAGUAAUAGUAAGGGUGACACCAAAAACAAGAAAUACAGCACUAGAAAACUAAAAAAGGAGUGCAAGUUUGUGAAAAGGGAUACUGUGCUUAUUAUGAGAUGUUAAAUUGAGAAUGAAACAAAUAACAUAAAGAAUAAGCGAGAGAAUUUAAACGUUGUAAGUGAGGUAAUCUAGAGACGCAAGAGACUUCGAAAGAUAACUACCAUGAAAAUCAAUGCUGUUCAAAUUAUUGACUUGCGUAGAAAUAUGAACUACAUUUAAACCUGAUAAAUUCACAUUGAACAAAUGAAGAUAUCGAGUUCCCCUGUCUGAUGUCUUGAAUAUGUUUACCAAUUCUCAAAUAUUCCUUCUAUUGCUCAUGUAAUCAUAUCAUAUAUAAAUAAAUGUUAUCUUAAAUAGUGUAUUAGCAGACUUGAUCAUAGCGUUGUGUGACUUCUUAUUUGUUAGUUCAGUGAAGCGGCAAGAAAUAGUAACAAAUUCAUCAUUGAACUUGUAUCAAAACUGUACUGUAUUCUAUGACUUGGUCCAGUUAUUGUUCAAUACUCAGUCGAAAUUUAUAGCUAUGAAUUUCUUCAAUAGCAAUACAGUAGAAUCGUCUGAAUUCUCUGUUGCCUAGAUCUAAUUAUUCUGCAUUCCACUAUUACUAUUAUUACACUCUAUAUUACUGGAAUGAUGUUUCGGGUCAAAUAUUUUUGGCUGUCGUAAGAAAGGCCGAUGCCUCGUAUAUCAUAUUUAUAUAUUCUUUCACUUCAUCAAAAUAUUCUCAUUGUAAAAGAGAAUACUAAAUAUUCUCAGUUUACCAAGUAAGAUAAAGGCCCAAAGCCGAUUCAGCCAAACUUUUUUUUUAUCUCACAAUUUGCUAGAAACUAUAUGAAAAAUUUUCUUGUUUCAACGCAGGCCGUAAAAUCUGAUGCAAUUUCUGUUCCAUGAAACGUUGUUAUUGUGUUAACUCUUUGACCCUAGGCUGUGUAUGGUCCUGGGAAACAAAUUUUAUUCCUGUUUAUUUCGAUGGCCGUAGUUUAAACUAAUCAAAUUCUAGUGCGUGUGGGAAUAAAGGUGCCUAUACACGGGAAAGUUUUAACCCAUAGUUUUAGCGGCAAGUACUUCUCACUUCGAAUAUUGGGCUAAUUUCUGUUGAUCUCUAGACAAAAUUUUGAAAAGGUAGAUGAAAUUGAUGCUUUCUAAUAAAAAUUGAUACUUAUUCUCUUAAUUUUUAGCCCGAUGUUCGAAGUGGAAGGUACUUGCGGCUAAAACUUACCACGUGUAUAAGCGCCUAACUCGGUAAGCAUCAAUAACGUUAUGAGAAUAUUUGUGUAAGUUGCGGUUGUUCGGAAGUUUUUUUACUCCAUUGCGACGAAUCAGCCUAUGUGGUGGCAUGCACGCACUAGGAUUUUAUUUCGUGAUGGCUAGCAGUUCCCUUUCCUGUUAUUUCUUCUGAAGAACCUUGACAAGUUCAUGUCACCAUGCAACCAAUAGUUAGCAACCAAAUUAUUGUAUGCAAUACUAUUGAGAAUCAUUCAUCUUCUGGAUAUUGUAAUUAGUUUGCAGCAUUAAGGAAAGGGCAACAAAUUACGAUAGCAAUAGUGGAAAAAUAAAAUGUAUGAUUCAAGAUAAAUUCUUCAAUACUUUUAACUGCUACAUCCUGAAGCCAAAUUCCUAUUUACAUAGUCGGUUAAGGAAAUAAUGAAAGAAUAUAACUUGAAGAAAAUAUAAUCUCAAAACAACUCGACCUUUAUUCUA